GGAGAGGUUACUCCAGCUCCAAAUGGCAAUCUCAUCUGCUGUGGGGGUGGUCUCUCUGUUUCUGUCUCUCUGCCCCUCUGUCUCUUGCUGCCCUCUUUUUUUCUCUGUGCCUCUUUGAGUAACUGUUGGCAUUUCUCCCCCAUGACCCUCUCCCAUUUCUUUCUCUGUGGGCCUCUCACCCUGUCUCCAGUUCUCUUCAUUUAGCUCCUGUCUCCUCAUCCCUCUGUCCCUGUUCCCCUCACCUCAUCUCUGUCUCUGUUUGACCCCCUAUCCCCUUCAUCUUGCUCUCUCCACUUUGUAGCCCUCCUGUUCCAUCUCUGACACCCCCAAACCCCACUUCUCUGCCCACAAGAUGGAACUGCAGGAUCCAAAGAUGAAUGGAGCCAUCCCUGCCAGUGCUGUGGGCUACAGGCAAGAAUGCGAGGGCUUCCUGCCCAGCCACAGUCAUCCUGGAAGGAAGCCAGCUUAGUUUAUGGAUUUCGAGGGGAAGACAUCGUUCGGAAUGUCAGUGUUCAACCUCAGCAAUGCCAUCAUGGGCAGUGGCAUCCUGGGGCUGGCUUAUGCCAUGGCCCACACAGGGGUCCUCUUCUUGGCCCUGCUGAUGUGCAUUGCACUUCUGUCUUCAUAUUCCAUCCAUAUCCUGCUGACCUGUGCUGGUGUUGUAGGCAUCUGAGCCUAUCAGCAGCUGGGACAGAGGGUGCUGGGGCCUGCUGGGAAGGUAGUAGUGGCUGCGGAGAUCUGUCUGCACAAUGUUGGGGCCAUGUCUAGUUACCUGUUCAUCAUCAAAUCCGAACUCCCCCUGGUUAUCGGUACCUUCCUGGACAUGGAUCCUGAGAGGGGCUGGUUCUUGAAGGGAAACCUCCUCAUCGUCAUUGUCAGUGUUGUAAUCAUCCUGCCACUGGCCCUCAUGAGGCCCUUGGGCUACCUGGGGUAUACCAGUGGUCUUUCUCUGACAUGCAUACUGUUUUUCCUCAUUUUGGCCAUCUAUAAGAAGUUCCAGCUUGGCUGUGUGGUGGGCCAUAAUGAGACAGUAGUAGAGAGCAAGAGCCCCCCAGGCCUUCCCAGCCAGGGGUUCAACAGAAACUGUGAGGCCCAGAUGUUCACAGUUUACUCACAGUUUUUCUACACAGUGCCCAUUAUGGCUUUUGCCUUUGUCUACCACCCUGAGGUACUGCCCAUCUAUACAGAGCUCUGUUGGCCCUCCAAGCGCAGAAUGCAGGCUGUGGCCAGUGUGUCCAUUGGGGCCAUGUUCUGCAUGUAUGGGCUUACAGUGACCUUUGGCUACCUCACCUUCUGCAGCAGUAUGGAGGUGGAGAUACUGCACAUGUACAGCCAGCAGGACCUGCUCACCCUCUGUGUGUACCUGGCCAUGCUGCUUGUGGUGACUCUCACUGUGCCAGUCGUGCUAUUCCCUAUCCACCAGGCCCUGCAGCAGCUGCUGUUCCUAAGCAAGGCCUUCAGCUGGCCUAGGCAUGUGGCCAUUGCCCUCAUCCUGCUUGUCUUGGUCAAUGUCCUCAUCAUGUGCAUGCCAACCAUUUGGGAUAUCUUUGGGGUUAUUGGGUCCACCUCAGCCCCCAGCCUCAUCUUCAUCCUUUCUAGCAUCUUCUACCUUCACAUUGUACCACCUGGGGUGGAGCCCCUCUAUUCCUGGCCCAAGAUCCAGGCUCUGUGUUUUGAUGUCCUGGGGGUCCACUUCAUGGCCAUCAGUCUAGGCUUUAUGUUUGCCAACUGGGCCACAGGCCAAAGCCAUGUGUCUGGACACUGACCAUGCACUGCUCCACCUGGGCCCCAUGCACAUGCACCUGUGUGUGUGGAGGAAGAUGGGGCUGCUCUCCUGGGCCCCUCCUGCCUGGAGUGUGGAGGUGGCUGGUUCCCAUUAACGUGGCUGUCAGAGGUAGGGGGCUGCAGGGUCUGCUUCCCUCCUCCCUAGGGAUGCUGAGCUUAGAUCAUGGCCCUAACCCCAAUCCCAUGGGAGGAGAAGAGGAGAAGGAGGAGGAGGAGAAAGAGAAAGAAGAGCAGGAGGAGGCAGGGUCCUUGGGGAGUCUCUGCCCAGCCCAGUCUUUUCUGUCUCCUAGUGAAAGCUGUUUGUCAGGAUCACCCUCAGGCUAAAGGGGAAGAAUAAAGAUGCUGAAUUGCAACUCUA